GUCAUUUUUGGAUGACUACGUGAUUCCCAAGAAUUUCUUCAGCCGCCUUUAAGAUCCAAAACCAACUGUUCCUCCAUUGGCCAAACGGAGGACCUUAUACCCUUCAGCAUCAGCAGCACUAUAAUAUAAACAAACCCUCGAGGCUUUCAACAAGAACAUUAACAAAUAUCUGAAUCUCAUUCAUACAAGGAGAGAAACAGAGAGAUGGGAAGUACAGUGGAAGACGUGGUGAUAGUCGGUGCCGGGAUAGCCGGCAUAGCGACGGCGGUGGCUCUGAACAGAGUUGGGAUCCGAGCUCUGGUUCUGGAGAAAUCCGACGAGCUCAGAACCACAGGAGCUGCGCUCACUCUGUUUCCCAACGCCUGGCUCGCACUGGAUGCGCUCGGCGUCUCCCACAAGCUCACUCCCCUUUACGCUCCUAUCACCUCCGGCUCCGUCACCAACGUCGCCACCGGAGCUGUUCAAGAAAUCAACUUCGUCGGACAAUCCGGGGGAAAUGGACACGGACCCAGACCAAUCCAUCGUAAAGCAUUGCUAGAAGCUCUGGCCGGAGAGCUCCCGCCCAACUCGAUUCGUUUCUCCUCCCACCUCGCUUCCAUUGAAACAGGGGCCGAUUCUCUGGCUGUUGUACACUUGAAAGAUGGAACCACAAUCAAGUCUAAGGUUCUGAUAGGAUGCGAUGGGUUGCACUCGGUGGUGGCACAAUGGCUGGAUCUAUCCGCUCCGGUCCACUCCGGUCGAUCCGCAGUCCGGGGAUUGUCGUUUUACCCUCAAGGCCACGGAUUUGAGAGCAGAGUCCAGCAAUUUGUUGACUCAGGGAAAAGGGCUGGCUUGGUCCCCUUAAACGAUAAAGAAGUCUACUGGUUCCUAUCUUGCCAAGGAGCCGAGUUCACAUACGAUCCAAAGGCGACCCAAGCAGAUGUGCUCUCCAAAUAUGCAGCAGACUUUCCUGCGGUCUUCCUCGACGCCAUCCGACAAGCAGACCUAUCGUCGAUGUCAUGGGCACCGCUGAAGCUGAGGUACCCGUGGAACAUCCUGACAGGAAGCCUGUGCAGAGGGAACAUCACGGUGGCCGGAGACGCAAUGCAUCCGAUGACGCCUGACCUCGCGCAGGGUGGUGGCGCUGCGCUGGAGGACGCGGUAGUGUUGGGAAGGCACAUUGGGAACUCCUUCCUGGCUAAUGGGAAAGUGUUGGCGGCCGAAGGGAUGCCUCGGGCUCUAGAUGGGUAUGCUAAGGAGCGGAAAUGGCGAGCUGCGGGGCUGGUGGCGGGUGCGUAUGCAGCGGGGUGGGUGCAGCAGGGUGGGACGCAGGUAUGGAGGGGACUGGUGAGAUAUUUGUUCUAUAGGUACAUUUUUGGAAGGAUUUUAAGGCUUGUGCAAUAUGAUUGUGGGAAGCUUCCUCAGGUUGGGAAUGGGAAAUUGGAUUGAGGAGUCUUGAGUUGAUGAGAUUGGGGUUGGAUUAUGUAUGGUUGGGUUAUUUAUUAGAGCUCAUGGAAAUAAUUUUGGUCUGUAAUAAUGGUGAGAUUCAGCAGUAAAGAAAAACAUGCAAUAUCAUAAGCUGCUUGUUGCCAUCGCUGGUGAGCGAAGGUUUUCAAUGCAUAUUAGCGCUUGUUCGCUAGACUUGCCGAACUUCAACAGCAUGAUUAUGCAUGCUAGUGCUAAGCUAUCAGUGCCUUGAGUAACCAUGACAUCUGAG